UACGGAAACCCAUAAAUCCAACCCGACGCCAACACCGUGACAACAUAACGUACAUCCCCAUCCCAGUGGCUUUCUUUUUCCAAAAAUUUCUCCUCUCGAUUCGUCAUUUUUCAAAUUUCUAUAUCGCCGGUAGAAAAGUGUGGCAAAACAAAAUCAAGUUGCUGGAGAAGGAUUCUGGUGUGCGAUUUUCGGGCUGUUUUGAUCCAUUUUUCAGGAAAUGAUUCUGCCUUCCGUCUUUUACUUGAUUUCGUUCUGUUUCCGUUUGUAGAAGUUCCUUAAUGGUUGUCUAAGCUUUCGUUUGCAGCUGUUUCUGAAUCCGAGUUUCGAUUUUUUUUUCCCCUCUAUCUCUCAGGAAGUGCUGAGAAGAGUUCAAGAAACUGAUCCUAGUAAAUGGGCAUUUGACUGUGGUGUUAUCAAUAACUUGUUCUCCUUGCAGAUUGUAUCCCUGUGUAUUCUUGGCCUGGUUUUAAGUACCAAAAUUUACAAAGCAAGAGAUGGUUGCCUUUGGAAAGAAGUUAAAGGAAAGACAGCUUGAAGAAUGGCAAGGAUAUUACAUCAACUAUAAGCUUAUGAAGAAGAAGGUAAAACAAUAUGCACAACAAAUGGAAGUUGGAACACAAGAUCGUCGACACGUUCUCAAGGAUUUUUCAAGAAUGCUGGACAACCAGAUUGAGAAGAUUGUACUUUUUCUGUUGGAGCAACAAGGCCUUCUUGCAAGCCGUAUAGCCAAACUUGAUGAACGGCUUGAUGCUCUCCAAGAAGAACCUGAAAUAUCCCAAAUCACUGAACUGCGGGAAGCUUACAGAGCAGCAGGCCAAGAUCUUUUAAGGCUUCUAUAUUUUGUUGAGAUAAAUGCAAUUGGUCUGCGUAAAAUUUUGAAAAAGUUUGACAAGCGGUUCGGUUAUAGAUUUACUGACUACUAUGUCAAAACACGUGCCAACCAUCCUUACUCCCAGCUGCAGCAAGUUUUCAAACAUGUGGGAAUAGGAGCUGUUGUUGGAGCCAUAUCACGUAACUUGCAUGAACUUCAGGACCGCCAAGGAAGAAGCUAUCUAUCAAUAUAUGAUCAGCCUGUGAUCCCUCUCCAGGACCCCGUAGUCGAUUCAAUUAAAGCUGCUGUGGACAGGUUAAGUAACUCAACAAACUUCCUAAACUUCUUGGCACAACAUGCCCUCAUUAUGCGAGAAGAAUUGCCGGCUCCCAUUGAGGAACAAGUUGAUGAUAGCAAUUACCACUUCAUGUCUCUUAUCUUGAACCUAGCAAAUACCUUCCUAUACAUGGUCAAUACAUAUAUUGUGGUCCCAACAGCCGAUGACUACUCCAUGAGCCUUGGAGCUGCGGCAACUGUAUGUGGUAUUGUCAUUGGAGCCAUGGCAGUUGCACAAGUGUUCUCAUCAGUUUACUUCAGUGCAUGGUCAAAUAGAUCUUACUUCAAACCUCUAAUAUUUAGCAGUGUUGCUCUCUUUCUCGGAAACACAUUAUAUGCUCUUGCUUAUGAUCUUCAAUCACUCUGGGUUCUUUUAAUUGGACGUCUUUGCUGUGGAUUGGGGUCGGCUCGGGCUGUUAAUAGGCGUUAUAUCAGUGACUGUGUACCACUAAAAAUUCGAAUGCAAGCAUCAGCGGGAUUUGUUAGUGCCAGUGCUCUAGGAAUGGCUUGUGGUCCAGCUUUGGCCGGGUUACUUCAAACGAAGUUUAAGAUUUACAAGCUCACUUUUAACCAAAACACUUUGCCUGGAUGGGUUAUGGCUGUGGCUUGGCUAAUAUAUCUAAUAUGGUUGUGUAUCUCAUUUCGUGAACCUCCACGGGAAAAUGAAGAGAAUGCCCCACAGGAAUCAAAUCAAGUUCAAAAUGACACUCUUGAGAAUGGUCUUCACCAACCAUUACUUAUUACUUCGCUUGAGAAGCCAUCAGAUGAAGAUGAUGACCCAGAAGUUGAUGACAGUGAAGAAGCUCCUGAGGAAUCUCGCCUACCAGUGACUUCUUUUGGCGCAGCGUAUAGACUACUCACUCCUUCUGUUAAGGUUCAGCUAUUGAUAUAUUUUAUGCUGAAAUAUGCAAUGGAAGUUCUGCUUUCGGAGUCUAGUGUUGUUACCACAUACUACUUUCGCUGGUCCACGAGCUCUGUGGCAAUUUUUCUGGCAUGCCUUGGCCUAACAGUUCUCCCAGUGAAUAUUUUUGUCGGUAGUUACAUUAGCAAUAUGUUCGAAGAUAGGCAAAUACUAUUGGUAUCUGAAAUUCUUGUCUUGAUAGGUAUCCUCUUGAGCUUCAAUGUAAUAAUUCCAUACUCUGUGGUUCAAUAUGUGGGCUCUGGACUUAUCAUGUUUGUGUCGGCUGAAGUGCUUGAAGGUGUGAACCUCGCACUUCUCUCCCGAGUCAUGUCAUCUCGGCUCUCUCGUGGUACCUACAAUGGUGGAUUGCUAUCAACAGAAGCCGGGACUAUUGCACGAGUGAUUGCAGAUGGAACUAUAACCCUUGCUGGUUACUUGGGCCGAAAUAUGCUCUUGAAUGUUACACUCAUUCCCUCCCUCGUCAUUUGUAUAGUCUCCAUUGUUUCCACCUGCUACACUUACAACUCUCUAUACUGAUAGUGAUAUGGUUUCUUCUAUCCGUCAAAAUCCAUAAUUCUUUUCCUUGUCCAUCCCUCCAUUUUUUGCACUUGCUAGUCCCAUGUCUUGCAGGAAAUUAUCUCACUCCUUUAGAUCAUCUAUUGGAUUUUUAAGUUUAUUGUUCUCACAUUUUGUCCCCAACAUAUAGUUCACAUAUAUGGGAAUAGAGAAGCUUCGACCUCUUAGAAGUA